GAUCAAUUCGAGGAACCUUUCGCGGCACGUGAAAAGAUCUGGUGUGAGAUGUACCCAGGUGGAGGACGUGGACACGUGAGGAACGUGUAACGUGGGAUUUUUGGUAGAAGUAGUGGUAGGGGCGGUGGAGUCCGAUCUCGUCGUAUAAAAGUCUUUGGACCUACUGUUCCGAGAAGAGUCAGUCUUCGUCCGAAAACGCGAUCUCAACAAGAUAACGAUGAAGUGCAUCGUGGUGCUAGCCGCCGUGCUGGCUGUAAUCUACGCUCAAGUGGAGUCCGACUCGGUCAGCCAGGACCCGCAGCGGACGUUGGUGGCACCCGCGUCAUCGGAAGUCGCGUCGGCGAUACCAGAAGCGGUAUCGAGCGAGGUGGCCGAGACGCAGCCGCGUAAUAAAAGAGCACCGAUUCUUCUGGGAAAAGCUCUUUUAGGUGGUGCCCUCCUCGGUGCCGGAGCCUUGGGUGCUGGAGCCUUGGGCGCCGGAGCCUUGGGUGCCGGAGCUCUGGGUGCCGGAGUCCUUGGCGCUGGAUUGUACAAGGCUAAAUUACAUGGCUACGGCGGAUACGGCGGAUACGGUGGAUACGGCGGAUACGGCGGAUAUGGAUAUGGAUAUGGAUACCCCCAUUAUCACAGUCACCCCGAUUAUCAUUAUCAUUACCACAGUUAUCCCCAUAAUCAUAAUUACUACUCUCACUACCACCCUUACAGUUACGGCUACGGAUCAGGUUACGGCUACGGAUCAGGUUACGGCUACGGCUGGUAAAUUGACUGACAAUGUAAUAUAAAUCCCAUCUCGAUGAAUGGAACUACCGAUCGUACAACUUAUUGGUACCUUUUGUUUAUCAUUAUUUAUUAAUGAUAAGAGCUAUCUUUUUACAAUAUAUAUUUUUUAAAUAUAGAUCAAUUGUAUCUGUUAUAAUACAUAGUGCUCUUUUGAUACUGUGAAAUAUAACAAAAUUCUAAAUAAAACCGAUUAUAUAAAGUAAAA